AUGGAUUUUGUGAAGAAGUGUAAGAGGGCAUGUGGAAGUAGCAAGAAAUUGUAUCCAGAAGAAAGUAGUGGCAGUGGAAGCAGCUAUGGCAAAUCAUCAGAAAAGUGUCACAAAAAGGAUAUUAGUAAUAAGAAACCACCAAAUGGUUAUCUUUGUGUAUAUGUUGGACCUGAGAGACAGAGAUUUGUAAUAAAGAUCAAAAUAUUCAACCAUCCUUUGUUCAAAACACUUUUAGAAGAUGUUGAGAAUGAAUAUGGUUAUACAAAUGAUGGUCCUCUAUGGUUUCCUUGUGAUGUUGAGUUGUUCUGUGAGACACUUGUGGAAAUAGAGAGUGUUUAA